AACAGAAGAAGAAAGAAGCGGAAGUUCGCGCCGAACAGACAAAAAAGCAAACCGCGUGUAGUUGAGUUGAAAACAUUGAAAAUGAUGAAAGAGUUGGUCAAAGAGCGACUCAUGGCGGCCGCCGACGACAUAUUCGCGCUGUUUGAAAGAACGAUAGCGUCGUACGAGGAGGACAUCUCCCGCGCAAGAGAGGAGAAGGAGCGACAUAAGCCUCACAUUGGAGACGUCCAGCAGAUGAUUGGUGGACAAGAGCAACUUCCUGCUCAGCCACAGAGGGGCAGCGCCACUUUAAAGCGGGAAGAUCCACAGCACCCCCGCAUUAAAGAGGAAGAGGAGGAGCUUGGAAUCCCUCAGGAGGCGGAUAUCGUCAAGUCGCCACUGGCUGGUGUCUUUGUGAGGACUGAACACUGUCCAAGCGAGGACAACAAAGGGGCGGAGCCUCCACGAUAUCGCUCACCACAACACAUGCCACUACCGGCUAAUGGAGACAACUGCGGAGGAUCUGAAGCAGACGACCUCUUAGCUCCAUUAUCCGACAGUGAGGACGCUCCUGAGGAUGGAGACUGGCACGACGUCCACAAACCUUUGAGCGCGGACUGUGAACGUGACGCCAGGACCCACACUGGCGACAAACACUCUGAAUGCUCUCAAAAGAAGACGACUAGAAAAGGUUUCACCUGCUCAGUUUGCCAUAAACUCUUUACUAAGAACUUCCAUUUGAAUGAGCACAUGAGAACGCACACAGGAGAAAAACCUUUCUGUUGCCCAAUUUGCGGAAAAAGCUUUUCUCUUAAAAACAACAGGAACGUGCACCUGCUGACGCACAGGACCGAGAAACCCUUCCGUUGUUCAGUUUGCGGCAAAACGUUCUCUCGAAAGGUAAACAUGGAGUCGCACAUGAUCACGCACACAGGCGGGAAACCCUUUGAAUGCUCCGUUUGCGACAAGAGCUUCUCCUACAACACUAAUUUGAUCACACACAUGCGGACACACAAAACAGAAAAGUCCUUCAGGUGCUCCGUUUGUGGUAGAGGAUUCCGCCAGCGGGUCAACAUGGUCUUGCACAUGCGGACGCACACGGGAGAAAAACCUUACAGUUGCCCGCUCUGCGGUAAAAUAUGUUCCCUGAAGGCCAAUUUGAAUCGCCACAUGAAAACGCACACAGGAGAGAAGCCACAUUUUUGUUCACUUUGUGCCAAAACAUUCGCUCGGCGCCACACUUUGACAGCACACAUGUUGACUCACAGCAGAAAAUAAAAGGUCUCCCGUCCUGUUUGUGCUAAACGUUGGAAGCCACCUAGAGAACUGUGUGCAUCUUAACACAUGACCUCAUAAACUCUAAGUUGGUGUGCUGCUAAAAUAAGCAAAUAAGUGUUGUAUUGCCCACAAUUAUUGAUGAUUGUCUAUAGUUGUGUUUAGUUUGUGUUGCAAAACAUUAUUUGUGAUAAAGAGGAUUUUGA